CCUGGAGCAUGGUUGAAAGUACUCCUGCCAAAUAUUCUGCAGGUGGAACAUUUAGGAGGAGCCUGGGUGUGAUGAGGAGAUCUGUGAGUUUGGAGAAGCUGUGAGGAAAGUCUGAAUUUUGAAACAAGCUACUUCUGUCACUGGGACUCAAAUGAAAGACUGUCUGGUUACAGCAGAGUGGACUUUUGUUUUGUGCUUGUGGAAACUUCAAUCUGAUGGAUGGCAGUGAGAAACCUAAAAUACUACAACGAGGUGCAUUUACUCAAGCUGCACCAUUCAAAGAGGAAAAGUUCCACAGGCAUGUCAGCGAUUCUAUUGCAAACAAUUACAGUCCUGCAGCAAGAGACUUUUCUACCUACUAUGUCUACAAACUUAACAGCCUUAACGAAUGUACUGAACAAAACAGGGUAGAAAAUGUCACUGGAUUCAGAUUUCCGAAAAAUGUUAACCCUGAACUCAGGACUGUCAAGAAAAAAGUCCACAAGCAAAAAGAUCCUGGCUCUUGGAAUGAAGACCACUGUGAGUUUUUCAGCAAUGCAGCAACCGGGGGAGCUGAAUGCCAGUUAGAAAAUAGUGUAUCAUCCAAUUGCAUUCCUGCCUUUGAUCUUGGACUGAGAAACUCAGAACCUCUCCCUCCAAUCCAGAAGCAAAUAAAUACUAAGGAGAAGAGACAACCCCCGAUUCAGUGCACAGACACUCUGAGACAGAAAAACGAAGGCGACUGUCAUUUCCAGAGCAUAAAUGAACCUGUUUGGAUUGCAGACUGCAGCAAAUACCUGUCUCCCAGUAGGAGUUUCAGACUUCUUUCAACAUCAUCAGACAAUGCAGAAAACCUUGGCGUGCACUGGCCACAGUCUUUAUCUCAAAACAAAGGCAGUCAUUCUUCAAGUCCACCUGCUAUAGAAGAGCAAGGAGAACUGGAAGGGAAUAAGCUAUGUGCUCAUCCUGUAAUCUAUCCAGUCUCACAAUAUAGGCAGAUGAAAAUGGAGAACAGAUUUCCUGAUUUGGAAGACAGCAAGAGGAGGCAUGAUGCACCUACUAAAGCAGUGUUAAGUGUGGUAUUUCCUCCAUCAAACUACUCCACACAUGGCCUCUCACGACCUGGAACACCGGCAAAAGGUCAUACAGCAAGAUAUUACAAGGUAAUUGAAGAAUCCAUAGACCCUUGUAUGGUGACACCACUUAGUCAGGAAUGGCUUCAGGGAAUAUAUUCAUACAUACCUGCAGAACUUUGCAAGGUGUACAACAAAUCACUUCAGUGUCUAACAAAGGAAGCAGAAGAUAAUUAUACCAGUGCCAUUAAGAAAUCAAUAUUAGAUUAUAUUUUGCUGGAUCCAGAAGAACAACAAAGACUGGGGAUAGAAAUUUCACCAAAGAUUUCCCAGAGUGCUGGAAGAAAAACAUUUCCUUGGCGAGAAAAUGUACGUUCUGCGUGUAACAAACUGAAGAACAGAUUGCACAUAACCCAUCCUAUCAUGCCUGCCAUUCUGCUCAACUUCUAUAGCAAGUAUGAAAGUUUCAGACUGGUUGACAUUGAUAAUAUUCUUAAUGCUGCACCAAUGAUGCUGGAUACGUUUGUAAAUCACAUAUGCCUUGUUGCCAAAGAAAAAUCAGAAUUAUUACAGGAAUUAUGGCUGAAAGAUUGCUGUGAUAUUGUGAACAGAAACCGAGAAAACAUAGAAACAAUGAUGCCUCAGGAUGAUGAGGGCUUAAGAAGGAGGAGGAUGGAUCAUUUGUUUUGUAGUUUAGCUACGCUAAUGUCCAAUCUUCUAAGAAAUAUUGUUGAAGCUUCACUUAAUGACCUGGUCAAAAUGAUUGAAACAUACAGAAAAGGAAAUCGGUAUGAAGGAAAUCAACCUUCUGAUGAGCUAUGGUACCCAGUGAAACCUCAUCUUAUUAUGAUCUUCAUGAAACCAUUCUUAAACGAAUCAGAUGUUAGCUUUAAUCCAUCUGUUGAAGAGAUUGUCUGUGGCUUGGACAAUGUUGUGGAAAGUUUGGUUAUCGGUACUCAACAGAUACCCAGGAUUGAGAAUUUUCUUUUCCAGGCAAUAGAUAAUCUGAAAAUAAAAUACAUCAGCUCAGUACAAAUCCAUGAAGAGAUUGUCCUGUCUGCCAAGGCUAGAAUAAAGAUUGUGAUUGAAAAAAACCUAUAUGGUCCAAACAGAUAUUCCUUCAUAUACAAGCCUUAUCUUUACCUGCUGUCACCAGUGACUGAAAAGAGGCUGGAAUCACUAACAAACCAGGAUGUCAGUCUCAAUAUCUACAGGAGAGAAAUCGACCAUAUGAAAACACUGGCAUCAGAUAUAGCCUCUUUUCCAGUAUAUAUAUCAAUGGAGAUGUUUAUGCUAGACUGCUCUGAGACUAAUCAGCGGAUGAUUGAUCAUACCCGCCAGCUGACUAAUAUCAUAAUUAACAAAGUCGCUGCUACAUCGGAGAAGUUUAAUCGAAAAAUUUGCCAGCAGUAUGAUGGCAUUGUCACAAAAAUCACUACCAUUGAAGAGUCAACAUUUGCUCUGGUGAAGCUGCAGGACUAUGUGGACCAGCUAAGGAUUGUCGAUCUUUUAGAAAUCAAGGACAAACUGGCCAUAGCAGCUGAAACCCUUCUCUUUCUAAACGACUAUGCACCUUUAUCCAAAGAGGACAUUAUUUUAAAUGGGAAUACAUUUUCCUGGCCUGAAAGAAUUAUCCCCAUCAUUAAAAGCAGCGAGACAAGGCUGCAGAGGGCACAUGAUGCAGCUCUGGCAAAGCUGUCUCAGUGGCAGAAGGAUUUUUCCAAGCGCUUAGCUGAUGUGGCUGUGGAGGUGAAGGAAUUUCAAAGGAAAGAACGGAUGAGUGAAGCUGCUGCUUAUGUGCAAAAACUGAAUGCCAUCAAUGGGAAAAUCCAAGAAUCUAUUGAAGAGAGGGCCCUGAUUAACAAAGAGGAGGUACUUUUAGAAACUGGACAGAUAAGUGCGUUUAACCAAAUAGAAGAAAUCUGUAAACUAAAAGAACCCUACGAGACUUUAUGGGCCACUGCUGUCCAGUUUACGGCCAAAUAUGGUCAAUGGAUGAAUGGUUCAUUUUUACAAGUGAAUGCAGAGGAAGUAGAAGAGGAGGUACAGAAUUUAUGGAAAGCGAGUUACAGACUGACAAAAGUAUUUUAUCACCCGGAUUUACACGGACCUCUGAAAGUAGCUACCACCAUUAAGACCAAGCUUGAGAAGUUUAAAAUCAACAUGCCUCUUAUAACAGCUUUAUGUACACCAGGGAUCAAACCCCGACACUGGAGCCUGAUCAGUGAAAAGGUUGGUUUCAACAUUACUCCUCAUGAAAGCACUUCACUUCUAGAGGUUUUACAGUUCGGCCUUGAAAAAUACCUUGAUGAGUUGAAUCAAAUCAGUUCACAAGCCAGUAAAGAAUAUGGCCUGGAGAAAGCCCUGAAUAAGAUGAAAACAGAUUGGGAGAAUGUUUGUUUUAUUUUUUCACCUUACAAGGACAGAAAUGUUCAUGUAUUAGCGGCUGUAGAUGACAUCCAGGUUUUGCUGGAAGAUCACAUUGUGAAAACUACAACCAUGAAAAGCUCUCCAUUUAUUGCACCAUUUGAAAAAGAAAUAUUAACAUGGGAGUCUAAGCUGUGGCUCAUGCAGGAAGUUUUGGAUUCCUGGCUCAAGGUUCAAAUGGCCUGGCUAUACCUGGAACCCAUCUUCGGAUCAGAGGAUAUACGCAACCAAAUACCAGUGGAAGGAAAAAAAUUUGAAAUUGUUGAUGCAAACUGGAGGCUAAUAAUGAAGGAGUCUGUAAAAGAGGCCAAUGCCAUAAGGGUUAUCUUGCAGCCCCAGAUGCUGGAUAGGUUGAAGGAGGCAGAAUUGCUUUUGGAUGACAUUCAGAAAGGCCUGAAUGAUUAUUUGGAGAAGAAAAGACUAUUCUUUCCAAGGUUUUUUUUCCUGUCUAAUGACGAACUGUUAGAAAUUCUGUCUGAAACAAAAGACCCACUGAGAGUUCAACCACACCUUAAGAAAUGCUUUGAAGGUAUUGCAAAGCUGACUUUUAAUGGAAACAAAGAGAUAACACAUAUGGAGUCUGCGGAGAAUGAGAAAGUAGAGCUUGUGCUGAGAAUAAUGCCAUCGAAAGCCAAUGGUCUUGUUGAAAAAUGGCUUCAUGAGGUGGAAAAAACUAUGAAAACAUCUCUUCAAGAAGUUAUGACUCAGUCUAUCACAGCUUAUGGAGAAACAUUACGCAAAAAAUGGGUUUUAAAUUGGCCAGGGCAGGUGGUCUUGGCAUCUAGCAUGGUACAUUGGACGAUGGAAGUUUCACAGGCUAUUAUGCAAAAAGCAGGACUGCAAACAUAUUUGAAUGAAUGCAGUGAACAAAUUGAAGACAUUGUCAAUUUAGUAAGAGGAAUGUUGACGAAAAUGGAACGGAUUACUCUCGGUGCCUUGAUUACUAGUGAUGUUCAUGCUCGAGAUGUGGUAUGCAGCCUGAAUACACGUGACGUUACCAGCACCUCCGAUUUCAGCUGGAUUGCACAACUGAGAUAUUACUGGGAGGACAAAAAUGUCAUUGUACGAAUGGUUACCACAAAUGUUCCCUAUGGUUAUGAAUACUUAGGCAACUGUGGAAGACUUGUCCUCACACCUCUUACAGAUCGGUGCUUCAGAACUUUAAUGGGGGCCCUACAGUUAAAUCUUGGGGGAGCUCCAGAAGGACCUGCAGGCACAGGAAAAACAGAAACAUGUAAAGAUCUGGCAAGGGCAGUGGCAAAACAGUGUGUUGUUUUUAACUGCUCUGAUGGACUAGACUAUAAAGCUAUGGGGAAAUUCUUCAAAGGUCUGGCACAGUCUGGAGCUUGGGCAUGCUUUGAUGAAUUUAAUCGCAUUGAGCUGGAGGUACUCUCUGUAGUAGCCCAGCAAAUUCAAACAAUUCAGCGAGCCAUAUCUGAGCAGGCUCAAACAUUCAUCUUUGAAGGUACAGAAAUGUGUUUGGAUCCAUCAUGUACAGUGUUUAUAACUAUGAAUCCUGGAUAUGCAGGAAGAGCUGAGCUACCUGAUAACUUAAAGGUUCUUUUCCGUACUGUGGCAAUGAUGGUUCCAGAUUAUGCUUUAAUUGCUGAAAUCUCUUUAUAUUCUAUGGGCUUUGUUGCUGCCCGUAGCCUUGCUGCUAAAAUUGUUGCUACAUACAGGCUCUGCUCUGAGCAGCUUUCUUCUCAGCAUCACUAUGACUAUGGCAUGAGAGCAGUGAAAUCAGUAUUAACUGCAGCAGGAAAUCUAAAGGUUAAAUUCCCGACUGAGAAGGAAGACCUGCUGAUGCUGCGGUCAAUUUAUGACGUCAACCUACCCAAGUUUUUGUCCCAUGAUAUUCCACUAUUUGAUAGCAUCAUAUCAGACCUCUUCCCAGGGGUUGUUUUACCAACUUCUGACCAUGGAAGCCUAGAAGUGUCUGUCGGGGAAAUUGCACGCAAAAUGAAUCUGCAGCCGGUCCCUUGCUUCAUCAAAAAGAUAAUUCAGAUCUAUGAAAUGAUGCUUGUCCGUCAUGGUUUUAUGCUAAUUGGAAGUCCUUUGGGAGGAAAAACUUCUGCUCUUAAAGUUCUUGCAGGGGUUUUAAAGGACCUUGAAGAGAAAGGGCUUAUGGAUGAACAUGGAGUGGAUUAUAUUUUUAUGAAUCCAAAAGCUGUAUCAAUUGGUGAACUGUAUGGCAGAUUUGAUCCAGUAUCACAUGAAUGGAGUGAUGGUGUUUUAGCAAAUGUUUUCCGAAACCAUGCCACAAGCCUAACAAAAGGAAGGAAAUGGUGCAUAUUUGAUGGACCAGUUGAUGCAGUAUGGGUGGAAAACAUGAACACUGUUCUUGAUGACAACAAGAAGCUUUGCCUUAUGAGUGGGGAAAUUAUACAGAUGAGUCCACAACAGAAUAUGAUAUUUGAAGUUUUGGAUCUUGAACAGGCUUCUCCUGCCACAGUGAGCAGGUGUGGAAUGAUCUACAUGGAAGCCAAAGACUUAGGAUGGGAACCAUUAACUGAAUCGUGGCUUGUGAGUCUGCCAAUCAAGCUUUCUGCUGAGCAAAAACAAAUUAUACAGAUGAUGUGCAAGUGGCUGCUUCCAGCUUGCUUGGAUUUUGUUGAGAAGAAGUGUAAAUUCGUUAUUAAAACAACUAGCAUGCAUUUGACCAUGAGCAUGCUGAAGAUUUAUGAAUGUUUACUGGCAAAUUUAAGCGCUGCAGAUUCAGGAAUUGAUAAUAAGAGUGUGGUGGUUGAUAAUUUAGAAGAGACAAAUGCAAAAAGUUUCCAUGAUGUUACUUACAGAAAGAAAGAAGACAUUAUAAAUAUGCUGGUUGCUUAUGGAUUCUUUGCUGUCAUCUGGUCAGUUGGUGGGGUUCUUAACUCCGAUUCCAAACUGUGCUUUAGUGAGUUUUUAAAAAACAUAUGUGACAUGGACUCAGUUUAUCCCAAACCACAAGGUCUUCAUAUUCCAAAAGUUAUACAUUUACCCAAAGCGGAGAGUAUAUAUGACAUUGUCUUGUUUACGAAAAAGCUUUCAUCUUGGUGUACAUGGAAAGAUCUUGUCAUUCCUACUAAAAUUGAGGAUGCUAUUAAGAAGCUGGAUGAUAAAGAUAUGCAGCUGACGCUUAAUGACAUUAUAGUGAGCACGCCAGGGACCGCUAUGCAGAUGUACUUCCUAGAGAUGUUACUGCUUCAAGACAAGCCAUUACUUUUUGUUGCCCCCACAGGCACCGGCAAGACAGUUAUUACAAACAGCUUCCUGCGACAGUUACCUCAAGAAAAAUAUGUUGUAUGUCAAAUUAACUUCUCAGUGCAGACUACAGCUAAUCAGACCCAGGACAUCUUCCUAACAAAACUUGAAAGGAGAAAGAAGAGGGUUUAUGGUGCUCCACUGGGGAAAAGAGCUUUUGUCUUUGUUGAUGACCUAAACAUGCCUGCCAAGGAGAAAUAUGGUGCCCAGCCUCCCAUUGAACUGCUGAGGCAAUGGAUUGACCAUGGCUACUGGUUUGACAGAAAUGAUACCAGUACGAUAGAAAUCAAGGACAUGUCAAUCGUUCUAGCCAUGGCACCACCUGGUGGAGGAAGACAUGCAGUCACUCCUCGUUUUCUAAGACAUUUCAAUGUUCUAUCAAUUGAUGCUUUUAAUGAUGAGACUAUGAAGAGCAUAUUUCAACCUAUUGUUGACUGGCAUUUCAGCUCUGGCUUUGAUACAUCUUUGAAGAGAUACUCAAGGAUACUGGUAUGGGCCACAAUGGAUGUCUACAGGCAAGUUUCACAGACAUUUCUUCCAAUGCCUUCAAAAUCUCACUAUAUAUUCAGCUUGCGGGAUUUUGCAAGGGUUAUCCAGGGUGUGAUUCUGCUGAAGCCUGCACAGGUGCCACAGAGUUCUGCAGGUGGCCAGAAAUUAAUGAGACUUUGGAUCCAUGAAGUCUAUAGAGUAUUUUGUGAUAGACUGACAACCUGCCAAGACAGACAGGAGUUUUUCCAGAUUGUAAAGAAUGUUGUACAGUCUCAAUUUAAGGAAAAAUUGACCCCUCUCUUUGCUCAUUUGGUCAUUGGGAGAGAAAUACGGGAUGAUGACAUGCGUAGUCUUUUCUUUGGCGAUUAUAUGGUUCCCCAAACUGCGGAAAAGACUGAAAAAUGUUACAAUGAAAUUAUGGAUAUGGAAGAACUUAAAAUUUGCAUGGAGAAUUACUUACAAAAGUUUAAUGCAAGCUGCAAAACUUCUAUGAAUUUGGUGAUGUUUCAUUUUGCUAUUGAACACAUUUCUCGAAUUAGCAGAAUCCUGAGACUCCCUUGUGGUCAUGGUUUGCUUAUUGGAAUUGGAGGAACCGGUCGUCAGUCAGCAACAAAGCUUGCUGCAUUUAUGUCUGAUUUUGAAUUUUAUCAAGUUAGUAUUCAAAAAACAUACACUGUUGUUGAAUGGAAAGACGAUCUGAAAAGGGUAUUUAGAGCUGCUGGACAGAAUGGGACACCUACUGUCUUUCUCCUUGCUGAUCAUCAAAUAAAGGAUGAGUCAUUUUUAGAAGACAUCAACAUGAUCUUAAGCACCGGUGAUGUUCCUUCCCUGUUCAAUAAUGAAGAAAAACUGGAAGUCUUAGAAAAGAUGAGCCAGCUUUUGCCAGCAAGUGAAUCCCAGGUUGAGAAUACCCAAUCUGAAUUGUACAGUAAAUUCAAAAAUGGAAUCAGAAGAAACUUACACAUUGUACUUGCAUUUAGUCCAACUGGACACGCAUUUCGAGAUCACCUUCAGCAUUUUCCAUCUUUGGUCAACUGCUGUACCAUUGACUGGUUUCAGGCAUGGCCUGAAGAUGCUCUUGAGAAGGUGGCAAAUCAUUUUCUUGAUGAUGUGGAAAUGUCACAGGAAAUCAGAAAAGAAGCUGUGUUCAUGUGUCAGCACUUCCAUCAAACCGUUAUUGCACUCUCCACAAGGUUUUUUGAAUCUCUCCAAAGACAUAUCUAUGUCACAUCGACAUCUUACCUCGAAUUAAUCAAGACUUUUAAGAAUCUUUUAGAACGUAAAAGGCUUGAGCUGUUAAGCAGCAAGAACAGAUAUGUUGUUGGACUUGAGAAGUUGGAUUUUGCAUCAUCACAAAUAGCAAUCAUGCAACAAGAAUUGACAGAACUAAAGCCUAUGUUGAUUGAACGAAGCAGCGAGACAGAGGAGCUGGUAAACAUUAUUGCAGAUGAGACAUUGGAGGUGGAAGCAGUUAAAAGUUUAGUUGAAGCAGAUGAGGCUACAGCUAACAGGGCUGCUCAGGAAGCCAAAGCUAUUAAGGAAGAAUGUGAACAAAAAUUAAGUGUGGCGAUUCCAGCAUUAAAUGCUGCAAUUGCAGCUCUUGAUACCUUAAAAGCAAGUGACAUUACUCUACUAAAGACAAUGCAAAAUCCUCCUUCUGGAGUUCGCCUCACCUUGGCUGCAAUCUGCAUAUUAAAGGGAAUUAAACCGGAGAAGAAAGUGGAUCCGAAUGGAAAAGCCAUUGAUGAUUUCUGGCCAGCUUCCAAAAAAAUGCUCGGCGAUAUGAAGUUUUUAGAUUCACUAAAGGAAUUCGAUAAAGACAACAUUCCCCCAAAGGUUAUCACCCAGAUAAGGAGAGAUUUUAUCAGCAAUCCUGAAUUCCAGCCAGCUGUCAUUAAGAAUGUCUCUUCCGCCUGUGAAGGGCUUUGUAGCUGGGUCAGGGCCAUUGAAAUCUAUGACAAGGUUGCCAAGAUUGUUGCUCCAAAACGACAAAGGCUGGAGGCAGCAGAAGCAGACUUUAGGAUUCACAUGGAAAAGCUAAAAAUCAAGAGAGCAGAACUGAAGGAAGUUAGUGACAAACUAGAAGUCUUGCAAGAGCAGUUGUCUCAAAAACUAGUUGAGAAAAGAGUCUUGGAGGAAAAUAUUGAACUGACCAAGUUGAAACUGGAUCGUGCAGAGAAACUUAUCAAUGGACUUGGCGGAGAGAAAGAACGUUGGACAAAUAUUGCAAUGCACCUAGAAGACACAUAUCAGAAUAUAGUUGGGGAUUUGCUCCUAAGUGCAGGCGUUGUGGCUUAUCUGGGUUCAUUUACUCCAAAGUUUAGACAAGAAAUUCUCAAAGACUGGUUUAAAAUGUGUAAAGACAAACACAUUCCUGUUUCUGAUGGAUUUGCACUCUCAAGCACCUUAGGAGAUCCUGUGAAAAUAAUGGAAUGGCAAUUUCAUGGGCUGCCAAAAGAUAACUUCUCUGUAGAAAAUGCUAUUAUUGUUACGUCUGCCCAGCGCUGGCCUCUCAUGAUCGACCCUCAAGGUCAAGCAAAUAAGUGGAUAAAAAAUUUGGAAAAAUUGAAUAAGAUUCAAGUUUGUAAAGCUUCAGACACAGACUAUCUUAGAACAGUUGGGAACAGUAUCCAGUUUGGGACACCGGUGCUUAUAGAAAAUAUCUCCGAAGAACUAGAUCCAAUUUUGGAGCCUGUGUUGCUAAGACAGACAUUUAAGCAAAGUGGAAUGGAAUAUAUUCAUCUUGGAGAAGCUUUAAUUCAUUACAGCAGGGAUUUUAAACUCUACAUGACCACCCGUCUCCGAAAUCCUCAUUACCUGCCUGAAGUGUCUGUCAAAGUUACAUUGAUCAAUUUUGUAAUUACACCAACUGGCUUGGAGGACCAACUAUUGACUAUUCUUGCUGCAGAAGAAAAGCCCGAUUUAGAAGACAAGAAAAAUCAGCUUUACCUAGAAGGGGCAAAUAUCAGAAAACAGUUGAAAGAGAUAGAAGAUCAAAUUUUGGAAGUAUUAUCUCUGUCACAAGGAAACAUCUUGGAGGACGAGAGAGCUAUUGACAUUCUUUCCUCCAGCAAGAAGUUAUCCCAGGAGAUUCACGAGAAGCAAGAAAUAACAACUAAAACAGAAAAACAAAUUGAUGAAACCAGAGAUGGCUACAGACCUGUUGCCAACUACUCCAGUGUGAUAUUCUUUGUCAUCUCAAACUUGGAAUAUAUUGACUUCAUGUAUCAGUACUCCUUGGCUUGGUUCAUUAAUCUGUAUAUUAAUGCUAUCAAGAAAAGCAAAUCAUCCAAUAAUCUCCAUGAAAGGAUAUUAAACCUCAAUGACUACUUCACAAAUAGUAUAUAUGAGCAUGUUUGCCGUUCACUCUUUGAGAAGCACAAACUGCUGUUUUCAUUCCUACUCUGUGUGGGUUUACAGAAGAACAGAGGCUUAGUAAAUGACAAAGAGUGGUAUUUCCUUCUAACUGGUGGAGUUGCACUGGAGAUGCCACGAACAAAUCCUGACCCUUCAUGGCUCAAAGAUAAAUCAUGGGGAGAAAUCCUAAGACUUUCAACAUUACCUCUAUUUACUGGUUUGGAUGAUCACGUCUGUUCACAUCUUGCCGAAUGGAAGAAGAUCUACGACUCUCCACUGCCCAAUGAAAUGGAAUGGCCAGAUCCUUGGGAAGAUCUCCUGACUAGUUUUCAAAAAUUACUAUUGUUACGCUGCAUACGACCUGACAAGGUUAUUCCUGCAGUCCAGCAAUUUGUGACCGAGAAAAUAGGUCCUGCCUACAUAGACCCACCAACAUUUGACCUGCAGCACAGUUACUUGGAUUCUUCUCCCAGUACACCACUUAUCUUCAUCCUUUCCCCUGGAGCUGAUCCCCUGGAAUUGUUAAUUAAAUUCGCAGAAGAACAAGAAAUGAGUGGUGUGAAUCUUCAGACAAUUUCUCUUGGUCAGGGCCAAGGUCCCAUUGCUCGGAGCAUGAUUGAAAAAGCAGCUGAAGAUGGCACAUGGGUGAUUCUGCAGAACUGCCACCUUGCCACUAGCUGGCUUGCAGAUCUAGAGCAGAUCUGUGAAGAGGUUAUUACAGAUUCAGAAAAGACAAAACCUACGUUCCGGUUAUGGUUAACCAGCUAUCCAUCACAAAACUUUCCCGUAUCAGUGUUACAGAAUGGAGUAAAAAUGACCAAUGAACCCCCAAAGGGCUUAAGGGCAAAUCUUCUAAAGUCUUACCUCAGCGAUCCAAUUUCGAAUCCCCUUUUUUUUAAUGGUUGCAAUAAACCAGAGGUGUGGAGACGGCUGUUAUUUGGACUCUGCUUUUUCCAUGCCCUAAUUCAAGAAAGACGCGCAUAUGGAUCUCUGGGCUGGAACAUUCCCUAUGAAUUCAAUGACUCAGAUCUUAAAAUCAGUGCUAAGCAGCUUCAGAUGUUCCUCAGUGAAUACAAUGAAGCUCCUCUGGAAGCUGUCACUUAUCUUACUGGAGAAUGUAACUACGGUGGAAGAGUAACAGACGAGCAUGACAGGCGUUUGCUUUUAAGUUUACUAGACAUGUUCUUUUGUACAUCUAUAAUUACUGAGGACCAAUACAAAUUUUCUCCUAGUGGCAAAUACUUUGCUCUCUGCAAUGGCACCUAUGACAGCUACGUGGAAUACAUAAAGGGCUUGCCUCUCAACACAGAUCCAGAGGUAUUUGGACUCCAUAUCAAUGGAAACAUCACCAAAGAGCAAAAGGAGACUGCAGAACUAUUUGAUGGGAUUUUAACAACGUUACCAAAAGAGACAAGUGGAGUCGGAAAAUCAUCAUCUGAAAUUGUCCAAGAACUUACAGCUGACAUCCUGUCAAAAAUACCAGCAGAUUUUAAUGUAGAGGAAGUCAUGAUCAGAUAUCCCACACAGUACACUGAAUCUAUGAACACAGUGUUGGUUCAUGAGUUAUUGAGAUUUAAUCGCUUGACUUCUACCAUUCGAAUGACCCUGCAAGAUUUAAACAAAGCCAUUUCUGGCCUAUCUGUGAUGUCAAAUGAGCUUGAUGAUUUGUUCAGCAGCAUGAUUGUUGGUAAAGUUCCUGCUUUGUGGUCAGCUAAGUCCUACCCUUCCUUGAAACCUCUGGGAGGAUAUAUCACAGAUCUUCUACUCAGACUGAAUUUCUUUAAGGGAUGGAUUGAACAGGGAACACCAAAAGUGUUUUGGAUUUCAGGAUUUUAUUUCACUCAGUCUUUUCUGACUGGAGCUCUGCAAAACUAUGCCCGAAAGUAUAAAACCCCAAUAGACUUGCUGGGACUUCGUUUUCGUGUGACUGAGCAUGAGAGCCCAACAGAAAUUGUGGAUUCUCCGAGUGAUGGCAUCUAUAUUUCUGGACUGUACAUGGAAGGUGCAAGAUGGGAUCGUGAGAAGCGUGUCAUUGGUGAAUCCUUCCCGAAAGUCUUAUAUGAGAGCGUGCCCAUUAUUUGUCUUAUUCCUGGAGAGAAGAUGGAAGAAGCGGAGUCUUAUUAUAGAUGCCCAGUUUACAAAACAAGUGCCCGUCGGGGAGAGCUUUCGACCACAGGACAUUCAACAAAUUAUGUAUUAUCAAUUAGCUUAGCAACAGAGGAACCUCCCAAUCACUGGGUGAACAGAGGAGUGGCUUGUCUCUGCCAGCUGGAUUAUUAAAGGCCUAAAACAUUUUACGUAAAAUGAUUUGCACUGGAAACCAGUGGUGUGACAUAAAUGGUGGAUUUAUAAAGCUGUGUAAUUAAGCAUGGUUACAAUCACUUUAGUUAGACAUGGUUUCAUGCUGUCCAUAAAAGCUGUGGAUUUUCUUGCAAUCCACAACUGCUGUAAUUUCCACCAUUGUUUUACACAAAAAGCAGUGUAUUUACAACCCCAUUUUCCAAGCGAUCCCUUCUCUUUACCCCAAAAUUCUAUGCAAUUAUCUAAAAUCAAUACAUAGCUGGAUACAUUUGAUAAGAAAUGAAUACUAUAAUGUGAAUGCUAUUACUGUAUAUUGUUUUUUUCAACAUCCAUGAGUCAUUUCAUUAAUGCUGAUCCAGCAAAGUAUAUUUAUGUUUUACCAGUCUACCCCCUGUGUAAUAAAAUGUACAGUACUAAGUUUGACCAGGUACACUAACCCAAACCUAGAUAAAUAGGAAACAGGUGACCAGAAAAUUCUUUCUGCUCAUUACAUAACACCAUAUAUAUUUUAUAAAUGGAUUUGCAUUUGUCGCAACAUACACCUCUUCAUUAAAUAUCAUUCUAGAUUUUAAGCUUACAGGACUUGGGCAUUUUCCUACCUUUGUAUCAGUCUAUGAGCCUCAUUCAUGGAUAGUGGUUCAAGGUGUAAGCAGGCAAUGUACAUAAAUUAGGCACACAUUGCAAUGUUUUUUCACUUUGUACCCUGCUGUAUUGUCAAUGCCUGGGGGCAAAGGUCCUUGUCCUCUAGGAUGUGCCUGCCCCCUACCUACUUGUCCCCAAAUAUGACAAUUUAGAUGUGCAAGUUAGGGAGCACCCAAGGAUGAAAUGACCUGCAUUUUAUUUUGAAUAUUACACUGCCUGCAUUCAUCAGUGAUGUAUUCAUAAGUGCCAGGCUUGGGAGGCAUGUAUGUGCCACCCCCCCUCACCUGUUUCCUAUGCAUCCUCCAAUUUGCAAAUCAAGAUUUUUCAUCUGAAGACCCCAGACACAAAUGCUUAUUAAAUGAACAUUAAAGGUGAUUUAAAUCAAAACAAUUAAUUGACGAUAUUCCCCAAUAACUUCUGCAUGCUUUUGUAAGUGACCCUUAUCUCCUGGUAAUUUUUGUAUAUGCCCUGCUCUUUAUUUUACAGUACAGCCUUGCAAAUGUUUUCACGGCAUAUAAAUACAUAAUAAAUAAUAACACUCCAUAUUUAUAUUAAACUACUCAAAUAUUUUUAAACUUA